AUCUCAGCAGUGCAAAUAAUGUUGCGACACUGCAGUAACCUCUACAAGUUCGUUGAGUAUAAAUUGAACACAUCUCUAAUGCAUUUGUAGUCUACGAUUUAUAAUUAGUUCUAUACUUUACAAAUCGAAACAAACCUAAGGAGUUAAAAAAUGGUAGUUCAAAAGCAUGGUGUUGCCUUGAUAGCUUUGUGGAUUAGUUGGACAUCAGUGUUAUCAGGAAUGGUAUCAAAGGAAUGUGUGAUCGAAGUGACUCAGGACAUGGCAAAGCACCUUGUUGACAGUAAGCAAAACGAUGUACCAUGUGACAGCUUAUGGAACAGCCUAUUGCUACACGUUUACUACGCUCAAAAAAACCUAACCGAAUGCCUUACACGUGAUAACGCUGUACUCAACACUCCAGAGCCAUCAUUAAACGACUGUCAACAGCAGCUGCAAAAUAGCAAGCAAAACAUGGAGCAUGAGCGGCAAAUUUACAGUAUUGAAAUGCAAAAAAAGCUUCACGUCACCCAACUGGAUAUCAGAAAAUAUGUAAGAGACACGUCGGAAGUGCAAAGUAGCCUGCUGAAGGUUAAUCAUGACAUAAAAUCGUUCCACAAAGAACUGCUGUUUUUAAGCAUUGAUGAAGGCGAUUCCAAGCGGGCUAUAAAGUACUAUCAUCUUUAUCUAGAAAAUCAACAUCUAGGCAACCUCUUUGAUAACAUAGUUGAAUCAGUGUACCGCGAUCCAGCAAAAGAAAAUGCACGACUCAUGAAGUUGCUCGAAUUUGUAAAAAAGUUGCCAGGUACCAGUUUGAAACUUUCCAUGUAUAACCUAGUUAAAACGAAAAUCAUGAAGCGCCCACAACAGCGCGAUGGCUAUUUGGGCAUGGUUACUGCCUUGGAUGUAAGCAAGAUAGCUUUUGCUGAAAAUUUACACGAACAAGCGCAUAGCUUAUACUUAGAGUUAUUCAAUCUUGCCUUGAAUAGCCUGAGAAACGAGAUAGCAUUAGGACAUUACGAUGAAGUUAUCGCUUUUGCUACGAGUUUUCCAGAGUAUUUUGAACAGGUUGAAAAUCGGUUCUCAACCAUGGACAAAGACGUAUGGCAUCGAGCUGACUUCAACAAAUUUGUAACGUAUCCAAACCAAUUACCUUUACCUAAGCAGCGGCUUGAAGCAUUCAGGAUGAUACUGCUUCAAAUCAAUCAAAGAAAUAGGCAAAAUUUUGCUGAUCGGCUGACGAAAGUUGCGAAAGAAUUAGAUGCUUGUGAGACGUUUAUCAAAACCGUUAGGUAUGAGCAAGCUGAUCAAGAUAAGCUUACGAGUGUGAAACAACUUUUCUCAGAGCUAGACGCCAACAGAGACUACAAUCACUAUCGUGAAGCAUCUCUGAGACUCUAAUUUGAUAACAUUUAGUAUUAUCAGCAAUAUAGAAACUCACGCUACACUACGGUAAACUCUGCCAGCACAAUAUCUACAACACAUCUGCUCCCAACUAUAUCACAUAAUAAAUAAAACACCAUGCACACUAAGAGAAUAAUUAAUGUACUAGAUUUUAUUUACUAUUAUGUUCCAUUCCAUGGAACUGUUAUGUUCCAUUAUCUAUGAAACAUUAAACUACCUAGAAACACUUAAGUUUUUCAAAAAAUUAGGAUUGAAGUUAAACACCAGAACACUAAUUUCCAUUGACUUACGAAUAACUGCUCGAUUAUUCUUGGGGAGCUCGAUGCCCGAUGGCGUUAGCACGCGUUUUCGGCACAAACACACGAUAGUAUCUUGUUCGAAUCUCGACUGAGCCUCCUCCAUACGUAGGACUGACUAUUCUGCCACAUGAAAAUUCUAUGUCAUAGAAAGCCUUAGCUUAGCAAAGCAGGCCUUGAUCGUACACCGGUUGUCGUGCCAUUGAAAAGAAGAAGAAGAUCGAAUAACCGCGAACUGAACCGCCAACCAAAUAAACAAAUAAAUAAAUAAUCAUCAAACAGCACUGAUUAAUU